AUGGCGCCUUUCCAAACAGACGACAGAUUCUUCACCAAAGACUGGACCAUAACCCUCCCCUUUCACCCAGAGCCGAACCUUAAAUUCAUCCGCUUGACGCCCGCUGAGACAGCCGCAUUUGUACGCUUCGCAGAAGGAGCCGUCAGCCCACCAAAUCCGACGAGCACCGAAGCCCCACCACCGCUUGUCCCCGGAGAAAGAAUGCAGAAGAUGUACGCCGAGUCUCGGACCCGACACCACGCUCUCGACGUAUUUAUGUCCUUAGAGGGCAAGUUUGUAGGUUGGGGAGGAGUAUUUGAGAUCACAGCCCCCAACGAGAAGCCGAGUGUCGCAAACAUCGGUAUCAGACUAAGCCCCGAAGUCCGAGGGAAAGGACUGGGAAAGGUGCUUAUGCAGGUCUUGCUGCGGUUGAGUAAUGAAGUGGAUGCGGAUAUUAUUGAGGCGGGUACCAUGAAGUAUAAUACCUCGAUGAGAGCAAUGGCGAAGAGCGUCGGCUUGGUUGAAACCGAUGAGAUUAAGGAGAUUCCUGGUCAGGGCGUCGUGGCUGAAUUACUGUUUAAGAACAUUGAGAGGGAGAAGUGGAGAGAUCUUGAUAUGGUGGUUGAGUUUAAGGAUCAGAUUGCAAGUGAAUAA